AUGGCAUUAUACAAGAGAGGCCUACAAUUAUGGGGAAAACAAAUGAAAUCCAGACAGAGAAGGAAGCUGGCUCGGUUAUGGGGGCAAGUCUCUUCUUUUUUGGACCAUCCAUCAAAUGAUUCUCUACGCUCCAAGCUAAUGCACGACUAUCAGACAAAUGGAAGCAGUAUUGUUUCAAAAAGGAGUGUCGAGCGGAUAUACUACAAUGAACCUCACUUUUUUCAGCAUUUCGUCAAGUCUUCCCCACGGAGAGCACCCUUAAUAAACCGAGGGUAUUGGCUACGAAUGUAUGCGAUUGAGCACACAGUUACAGAAUUUCUCAGAGAAAAAAUAGGCCACCCGAAGUUGGUUAUCAACUUUGGGUGUGGAUUCGACCCAUUAGCUUUCCAAUUUCUCUCACGAGAACCAGGUUUAUGCGUGGAUACUAAGUUUAUCGACAUCGAUCACCGCAAAAUGAUUCUGGAGAAAUGGGACGUUAUACAGAACAGCCCUGAGCUCAAAGAGCUUAUUCCGGAUGCUGUUUUUUCAGGCCAUGGCGGCCCGCUUAUUCGCGCAAAACAGUAUAUUGGAAUAGGGUGUGAUCUUGGAAAUCUUUCGGAGUUGGAGCAAACCCUAAAGUCUGAGCUUGACCCUUCCAAGUUUUCAGUACUCUGUACUGCUGAGGUGGCCUUGACUUAUAUGGCGGUUAAGGCUGCCGAUGCAUUGAUAGAGUGGGCAGGAAGGCUUAGUAACGAUACCCAAUUUGGCCUUCUAGAGCAAUUCUUCCCAGAUGGCCCUGAGCACCCAUUUGCAAAAACCAUGAUAGCCCAUUUUACGAAAUGGCGAGCUCCACUUCAAUCAAUCCAUAUCUAUCCCACAUUAGCCAAACAGGAAAAGCGUUUCCUUGAUGCAAAUUGGAAACAAGCACAUGCUCGAAGCUUGUGGGAAGCGUGGAACGACCCAAGCUUCUUAAACUCAGGCAUUAGAAUUUCUCUUGACCAGUUUGAAGUCUUUGAUGAGUGGGAGGAGUUUGCUCUAUUUGCUUCCCAUUAUUUUUUGCUCAGAGCUAGCACAAGAAUACCAACGUCUAAAGAUAUCGAUAAAGCCGCGAAUAACAUAGACCCGGAGCCAAUGGAUUCAGAGAUGCGCUUAACAGCGAAUCAUCAGUCUGACUUCAUUGGUCAGAGACGACAUGGGGCCUUAUUCUCCUUUGGGGGCCAGGUCGGUUUCCAUGCAGGGUUAGGACGACAGGCUAGACUCGCAUCUACGGACAUAUAUGUGCCAUGUAAUAACGCUACUUCAGCCAUAGCGUGUGUGCCCCCAGGAUCACUUACGGCUCGGGUAUGCCAUACCAUUACACAGUUAUCCAAUGACCAGUGCUUAUUAGUUGGUGGUCGAACCUCUCCAUCUAGACCAUUGAGUGAUACAUGGUUAAUGGAAGGGGGUAGAUGGCAACAAUCAAGUUCCCUUCCAACACCAUGCUUUCAACAUUCCGCUACUGCUGUUAUGCUUCCGAGCGGCGAAGAAUGCGUACUUAUUUACGGCGGAAAAUUAUCAAACAGCAAAGUGACGGCGCAAUUUUUGCUGUGGAGAAAGACCGGAGAAAGAGAAACCUGGAGUACAUUGACUGCAAAUGGUGGAUCCUGUCUGCCUCGCUUUGGAGCUGUAAUGUCUAGCAUUGGCAAGGGAACAGGAGUCCUUAUUGGAGGCAUGUCCCAAGAUGGGUUGGUACUGGAUGAGUUUUGGACGUGGCAGAUAUCCACCAGUGAUACUAGAGAAAUAUCAAUUCGAUUGACCAACGAAACAACGCGAGUACAAAUUUCACAUCCGCAGAUAUCCAAGUGGGUUGCUCGUUUCGGAGCCACGGCGCAUCAACUUGAAAAUAAACUUGUUGUUAUCGGAGGCAUUGCAGUCAGUGGGUGUAUUCCACAUGAGUACGAGGUCAUAAUCCUGGACUUGAGCGUCUUGAAAUACGACAGUACCGAUAACAAUAUAUCGCCCAUUCCAAUGGCCGUAGGCACCUCUCCUGCCCAUUCACGGCCACUUUUGGUCGGGCAUAGUUCCAUCCCUAUUACUAGCGGCGGAGUCUUAAUAGUAGGUGGAGGAGCAGUGUGCUUUGCCUUUGGCACAUACUGGAAUAAUGGCACCUGGCUGCUAAACCAUGGAGGUUUGUCGGGUAACAAUAACGAAUGGCGAAUAGUCCAACCAUUGCCGGCCACUCCUACUCCUACGACGAUGAAUUUCGCUCAACAUUCAAUGAUAGGUCCCUUGCAUCAAAAAUUGAAGAGAACGUAG